CCCCAGCCUGACCCUACGCCUGGAUGGAGAAGACUGUUACCACGUAACAGUCCUCAAGUACUGCGGUGGCCCAUUCCCCCGCAGCCGGGAAGCGGAGUCAGGACGAGCUUGGCUUUCUCUGCGCGGUCUCUGGGCGUGUGCCCCCGCCGCAGCUCCGCCGAGCCUCCGAAUCCCCUGCAAAGGGGGGCGGGGAGCCGCGGCAAACAGCCCGCGUCUGCGGCUUCCUCCCCACGCCCGCGCCUCUUGCGCACAGCCGGGAAGACGCGCGCCGAGCCCAUCCACACGCCGUCGCGCGCCCGGGCUCCUUGCCCAGCCGAGAACAAUCAACCAUGACGACCGAAAUCUGGCUCAGAAUCAGAAUCCAAGCCGGAGCAGGAGGCUGAGCCAAGGAGGCGGCGGGUCCGCAGGGACUCACAGGGGCGCAGCCAGGGCCUGAGGAGCAGCGCCAGGCCCUGGAGCAGUUCGCGGCCGCAGCGGCUCACAGCACCCCCGUGAAGAAAGAGGUCACUGACAAGGAACGGGAAUUUGCUGCUGGAGUUCUAAAACAGCUCGAAUAUCAGCAAUUUGAAGACGAUAAACUUUCUCAGAAGUCAUUUAACAGUAAACUCUCUCGAUCUCCAUUAAAGAUUGUCAAAAAGCCUAAAAGCAUGCAGUGCAAAGUGAUACUUCUGGAUGGAUCAGAAUAUACCUGUGAUGUGGAGAAACGCUCCAGAGGCCAAGUGCUCUUUGAUAAAGUAUGUGAACAUCUGAACUUGUUAGAAAAAGACUACUUUGGGCUUACGUAUCGAGAUGCUGAAACCCAGAAGAAUUGGUUGGACCCUGCUAAGGAAAUUAAGAAACAGAUUCGAAGUGGUGCUUGGCACUUUUCAUUUAAUGUGAAAUUUUACCCACCAGACCCCGCCCAGCUAUCUGAAGAUAUCACCAGGUACUACCUCUGCUUACAAUUGCGAGAUGACAUUGUAUCCGGAAGGCUGCCCUGCUCCUUUGUCACUCUUGCCUUGUUGGGUUCCUACACGGUCCAGUCAGAACUCGGAGACUAUGACCCAGACGAAUGUGGGAGUGAUUACAUUAGUGAGUUCCGCUUUGCGCCCAAUCACACGAAAGAACUGGAAGAUAAAGUGAUUGAGCUGCACAAGAGCCACAGAGGAAUGACGCCAGCAGAAGCAGAGAUGCAUUUCUUGGAAAAUGCCAAAAAACUAUCCAUGUAUGGGGUAGAUUUACAUCAUGCCAAGGAUUCUGAAGGAGUAGAAAUUAUGUUAGGAGUUUGUGCAAGUGGUCUGUUGAUAUAUCGUGACCGACUGAGGAUAAACAGAUUUGCCUGGCCUAAGGUUCUAAAAAUUUCAUAUAAACGGAACAACUUUUACAUUAAGAUCCGCCCGGGAGAGUUUGAACAAUUUGAAAGUACCAUUGGCUUCAAGCUGCCAAACCAUCGAGCUGCCAAGCGUUUAUGGAAAGUAUGCGUUGAACACCAUACAUUUUUCAGACUAUUGAUGCCAGAAGCACCACCAAAGAAAUUUCUUACCUUGGGUUCCAAGUUUCGUUAUAGUGGCAGAACACAAGCCCAAACAAGAAGAGCCAGUGCGUUGAUAGAUCGCCCAGCCCCAUACUUUGAACGCUCGUCCAGCAAACGUUACACCAUGUCUCGCAGCUUGGAUGGAGCCUCAGUGAAUGAAAACCAUGAAAUAUACAUGAAGGAUUCUGUGUCUGCUGCAGAGGUUGGCACUGGCCAGUACGCCACAACAAAGGGCAUCUCUCAGACCAACUUGAUCACUACUGUGACUCCAGAGAAAAAGGCCGAGGAAGAGCGUGACGAGGAAGAAGACAGACGGAAAAAAGCAGAGGAAGCCACUGCUGUUGCAGCGAUACGGCACGAGGGAAAGUCACCUGGGCUUGGCACUGAUUCAUGCCCCCUGCCCCCCGCAUCAGACCAUUGUCCCCUGGCAUCUCCCACAGAGCUCCGUAGGAGGUGUAAGGAGAAUGACCACCAACCUCCAGGCUUCGAGCCACCUAAAGACACUGUGCACAUGCACGGAGAGCCCUCUGUGGACUCUGAGGGCAAAGGGAAGCCGUACCUAGGGGACCAAGAUGUCGCUUUUAGCUACAAACAGCAAACUGGCAAAGGGACCACCCUGUUCUCCUUCUCCUUGCAGCUCCCUGAGUCAUUCCCUUCUCUUCUAGAUGACGAUGGGUACCUCUCUUUUCCCAACCUGUCUGAAACCAACCUCCUCCCACAGAGCUUGCAGCAUUAUCUCCCUAUUCGCUCACCCUCCCUCGUGCCCUGUUUCCUCUUCAUCUUUUUCUUUCUGCUCUCCGCCUCCUUCUCAGUGCCAUAUGCCCUCACUCUCUCCUUCCCUCUGGCUAUGUGCCUCUGCUACCUGGAGCCCAAGGCGGCCUCCUUGAGUGCCUCACUAGACAAUGACCCGAGUGACAGUUCAGAGGAAGAGACCGACAGCGAGCGCACAGACACCGCAGCUGAUGGAGAAACCACCGCCACUGAGUCGGACCAGGAAGAAGAUGCAGAGCUCAAGGCACAGGAAUUAGAUAAAAAUCAAGAUGACCUCAUGAAACAUCAAACCAAUAUUAGUGAGCUGAAAAGAACCUUUUUAGAAACCUCCACAGACACUGCCAUCAUGAAUGAAUGGGAAAAGAGGCUUUCUACCUCCCCAGUACGCCUAGCCAGCAGGCAGGAGGAUGCGCCCAUGAUCGAACCGCUUGUACCUGAAGAGACCAAAGAAGAAACAGAGAUUUCUGAAAAAGUUAUAUUUUUGCAGCAAGGAAGCUCUCCAUUCCUUGAGUCUCAGCCAAGUGUGAUAAAGAAAAUGCGCGAAGGAGACUCUGCAGGCUCUAUGGUUACCUCUCAUCAAAUCAUUUCCCAGAAAACUGUCCCGUCAACCCUAGAGGGCACAGAGGAUUGGGUUAUUGUAGACAAAAUACCUACUGAGGUAGUUGAUGGUGAUUCGAGAAAGAUUGUGACUUACAAGGUCGUGACCGUGAGCAGUAGAGCUGGUGAUAUCCCUGCUGACAUGUUAAGAUCUAGUGCCAUUGAAAUGCAGAGUUUUGAUGACUUGGCCCGGGAAAUACAAUUUAAAGAAGAGAACAAACAGAAAAUAUACACUCUAGGAAGGUCCUAUGAUACUAUAUCUGGAAAAAUCGUUACUAUGACCGGAAAACCUAAAGAGGGGGAGAAGGGAAUGCAACCCUCUACUCUUGAAGCACUUCAGAAAACGGAGUCAGUGAAGACCGUCCCUGUCAUGAUGGAGUACGAGGUCCUAGAAGCCAUCACUGAUGAGAAAUCCAAGAGGGGACCUGAGAUCCACACUCCAAAGCGGAGACUGUCAGAAUCCCUGGCUCCCAUCAAGGAAGCGGAGUCUCGGCGGCAGAGUCCUGAGGAAGAAGACCUCAGGAAAGCUCAGAUGCUCGGAAGGGAUGCAGCUCUGCACAUGGGCCUGGAGAGCAUGCGGUUCAGCACAAGUGAGCAAGCACCAGAGGGUGAGGCCUUAAAAGUGGGACUCUUUGGGCCCAGAAGGAAGAGCCUGUCCGAAUGGAGGUACUCCCAGGAACCAGCCUUCACCGUCGCUACUGCUCAUUACCUUACCGAGUCAACCACGUCCCAAGUUGUGACUAAGCAAUCUUCUGGUGAAAAGCUCAUGGAUGGCUCUGAAAUCUUCAGUUUAUUAGAGUCUGCAAGAAAACCAACAGAAUUCAUAGGAGGGGUUACUUCUACUGCUCAAAGCUGGGUUCAGAAAAUGGAAACAAAGAUGGAGUCCAGCGGAGCAGAGACCGAAACAACCCAGCACCCCCAGCCACUUAGCACUGAGAAGGUUGUGCAGGAAACUGUGUUGGUGGAGGAAAGACAUGUGAUGAAUGUGCAUGCAAGUGGGGAUGCUUCUUACGCAGCUGGAGAUGACGUGGAUGCUGCAGCACAGGCAGCAUCUGCUGAUGCUUCUAGCAUUAAAGUGAAGGGCCCUGCUCUAACACACGGGGCUAAAGAGGAAAAAGGGAAGGUGACCGAAAAAGCUGUACUCGAACAGGAAGAGAUGGCCACUGCUUCCCAUGAGCCAGAGGAGGAGCAGAGUGUAGCAAUCCACAUUUCUGAAACUUUGGAGCAAAAACCUCAUUUUGAGUCAUCCAUUGUGAAGACAGAAACCAUCAGUUUUGACAGUGUUUCACCAGGAGGAGUAAAGCUAGACAUUUCUACCAAGGAGCUGCCAGUUGUUCACACAGAAACCAAAACCAUAACAUACGAAUCAUCAGAGGUUGAUCCUGGUGCUGAUUUGGAGCCGGGCGUGCUAAUGAGUGCACAGACGAUCACAUCCGAAACUACCAGUACCACAACUACCACCCACAUCACCAAAACUGUGAAAGGAGGCAUUUCGGAGACAAGAAUUGAGAAGCGAAUAGUCAUCACAGGCGAUGCGGACAUUGACCAUGACCAGGAAUAACUUAGCCUGCACAGGAAUCCGGUCAUGCAAACCAUUAGGAAAACCAGAGCCUAUAUGGAAUUCCCUCUUCUAACCCAACUGACUUGUACCUGCCGGUGGAAAUUUUCAGUCCAGGAGAACUGACCUUGACCAUUAAUAGACACUGGCAGAGAGAUCUUCCCAUAAUAAAGCAAUCCAAAUCAACAUCACUAAACUGAUAUUGCAUGAAGCAACGAUAAAAUUACAAAAGAGCAGCAUUUUUAAUUUCCACAAAGUGUCUAAGUUUUCAGCUACACCUGCACGUUCAUAACCAACAAUAUAAACCGUGAUCUCAUGUAACACAUAAACAAUCCAUAUGCCUUUCAUAGUUUAUUAUUAUUAAAGUCUAAAGAAAAUUGCAAUUUCUUAGGUGACAAAUCUUUUGUUUACAGAUAAAUGAAGAUUACCCUAAAAUGCUAGAAGCUGUCUAGGUCGGUGUGUCAGGUUUAUCCCAGAUUAGAUGUGCCAAUAUCCGAGUUUAUUCAGUACAACUUGAAUCUUGUACUUGUUCAUCUGGUUUUAUUACUCCUCACCCAUAAAACAGUAAUGACUCUCUGAUCCUCUGGAAAUAUUUAAUGCUUACGAUCCUGCUUUGUGUAUCUAAUUUAAUUCAUUAUAAGGUAGCACUGAUUUUAGCAUAUUAAUGUGAUUUCUUCCUUGUCGUCCGCUUUGGUCCGCAUUCAAUCUGGAAAGCUUCCCAAAGUUCCUUCACAAGUCCUAAAUAUGUAAAUUGUCAUUAUUUUGGAAAGAAGUGUGUAUUUUUGUUAGUUUACAAUAUUACGAGAUUUCACUCCAGAAAAACCUGUUGAGUUUCUAUUUUCUUCCUUUCUUCAUUUCUUCCUUAUAUUUUGAAAUUAAUUUUUCUUCUUUUACUUGGAAAGUGUUUUUUUCCAAAUCUGGUCCAUAUUUACAACCUAGUUCAGAGCCAAGCCUUAAACUGUACAGAAUUUCCACUGUAAUUAAACUAUUUAGUGUUUAGUUAUAAAUAGCCUUCAAAAAGAUAUAUUCUCCAUUACACUGUCUACUGCAUCACAGAGCCCAUGGUGAAUGUAUGUUUCUGCAUAGCGAAAUAAAAAUGGUAAAUGCGUUUAAAACUCUAA